AUGGCACCUUCAGAGCAGUCAUGGGUUCCCCCCAAUCCUCCACCAGGGAUUCCAACCACCACACCAGCUACACCACCCGCCCGUUCGACCCCAGCCCGACGAUACGGCAAGAUCCAAGACGAAGGCGCCAAACGACAAGGAUGGCUCGAAGACCCCACAGACACAACAUGCCAAAUCCAGCCCAGUACCCUGACCAUAGCGGACCUCAUAAGCGCACACUGGUACGUCCGUACCGCGAAGCGUAACAUCCCAUUCCAAGUUGCAGAGAACGCCUUUGCACUCAGGAUACGCCAAUGA